GAGGAACGUCUGCGAGAAUUCUCGCGAAACAACACGAGACUUCCGUCACGAUGUCAAACGUCGAGGCAACUUCAUACGAAUCUGGUGAAGUUAAAGAUAACGAUUUUGAGGUGCAGGCUGAAGAUGAUCAGCAUUAUUUUGGGCCUUCGAGAUAUAUAUUUUACAGGGAUAGAGAUGACUGGGCAGACCUGGACCCUGUUCCUCAAGAUGAUGGCCCAAAUCCUGUAGUGAAGAUCGCCUACUCUGAAAAAUUCUCAGAUGUGUACGACUAUUUCCGUGCCCUACUGAAGAAAAAUGAAAUAAGUGAGCGGGCGCUUGCCCUGACAGCAGAUGCCAUUGAGCUCAAUGCAGCAAAUUACACAGUGUGGCACUACAGACGAGUGCUGCUGCAAGAACUCAAACAGGACCUAAAAGAAGAGAUGCGGUAUAUCACUGGCAUCAUUGAGGAUCAGCCCAAAAACUACCAAGUUUGGCAUCAUAGGCGUAUGGUGGUGGAGUGGCUGAAAGACGCCUCAGAGGAACUGAUGUUCAUUGCUAACAUUCUCAGCCAAGAUGCAAAGAACUACCAUGCCUGGCAGCACAGGCAGUGGGUCAUCCAGGAGUUCAAACUGUGGGACAAUGAGCUGGAGUUUGUGGAGAAUCUCUUAGAAGAAGAUGUGAGGAAUAACUCUGCUUGGAACCAGAGACAUUUUGUCAUUUCUCACACAACAGGCUUCUCAGAUCCAGACAUACUACAGAGAGAAGUGCAGUAUUGUUUGCAGCAGAUCAAAAAGGCUCCUCACAAUGAAAGUGUGUGGAACUAUUUGAAAGGGAUACUGCAAGAUCGAGGUUUGUCAUCUCAUCCAGGUCUGCUGGAACAGAUCCUGGCGCUGAAGGAGACGCACUGUUCGCCAUAUCUUUUAGCCUUUCUGUUUGAUUGCUACGAGGAUGCCUUGGAGAGCAACAGUGAAAAUCUGGAAGAAGAACAGCAAAAGGAAACUUUGCAAAAGGCUCUAAAUCUUUGUGAGCUCCUGGCAAAGGAGAAAGACACCAUCCGGAAGGAGUACUGGCUGUUCUUGGAACAUUCUUUGAAGAGUAAAUGCGGAAGCGGCGGUACUUCCGGUGAGGCGCUGGCUGAGGAACAUGAGGCUUCAGUCAACUUUCCGGAGCAGCAGGAGCUGAGUUAGGCCUCCGUUUGCACGCCUUCUGUGUUCCUGCACCAUUCUCAGUGGAACCAACGCUUACAGCUUGAGCUUAUUGAAAAUCUCUGAUGCGUAACUCUCUAAAAACUCCCCUGACUGAACUCGGACGACUGUAUUCCCCAGGAUUAAAACGGCGGUUUGUAUCUGCAGCCCUCCUUAAACUUUGAGGGACUGUUGCUGAUUGACUUAUCUGUGGUUUAAGGAUUUAAACCUGUUAAAACACAUUUCAUUGCUGUGUCCUCCAGAGGCCCUGCUAAUGUUAAAGGUAGGGCCUGAUAAAAAUGUAUGCUAAUCAAAGUGUCAUCUGUACGUUAGUGAACUGGGAAAAAAAAAAAUCCAAAAGCCAAUGUUAUGUACCAUUUUUGCAUUAACCCUCUAAAGAUGAAUACGGUUUGCUGGAAUCAGGUGAUGUUCUGUGUGAAAUAAGAACCAUAAACUGUUUCUUGUACAGAUGUUUACUACAUGUGAUCACUAACCUGUAGCGAGCAGCGCGAUCUUCACAUGGCGGUUUGUACUCUGUCUGGUUAUGACGCGUUUAGUUCAGAGAUUUUGUUCAGUGUGCUCAUUUCGACACGGUUGUUCCUACUCUUGAUUAUCUUGAACUGAGUUAAACCUCGGCUAAGUGACCAAAAAAUACAACCCCAGAAACUGGAUGAUGUUAUCUGUUCAGGCAAAGUCAUGCUGUAGCGGCCUUUCUAGUUGUGAGACAUUAAAAGCAGCUGGACUACAGUGUGCUGCAUCAUCCAUGUGGAAGUGAGACACCUUUAUCAUCGUCUUCCUGAGAUUUAUGUUCUCUCUCUGCGGAUCAGCUGUGCCAGCCUUUUAAAGGGGCCAUAUUGUGAUCAGUUUUUAAUCUACCUUGUGCACUCACAUUUAUUUGGAUUUUCAUGUUAAACAUCGGCCAUCACACUGAUGUCUCCUGCCGAUCAGCUGCACCGUUGGACUCAGAGGACUGUCAUGUCCACACGCGUGCUCUGACAUCACAGAUCACACACACAGGACUCGAGAGUGUAAAUGUCUGACUGCGUCUGUCACCAGUCCUGAAUAACAAAACCAGCUACAUUGCAAAAAAACCCAGUUUGCCAGCUCAUUGAACAUGAAUGGUCACGCUUUGAAAUCAUUCCACUUUAAAAGGAUCAGAUAGCUGCUGCAUCACUCUGCAUUGUUUGAGGGGGUAGCACUCUCGUGGCUCAAACAAGGCAAUUUAAAAAAGGGACUAAUUAAAAUCCAAAUUAAAUCCAGUGCAGGAUUAAACAAACCAAAUAGGAGUGUCUGUCUGCAGGCAGCAGGAGUUAAUAAACACAGGUGAAGACAGCAGCCGCAAAGCUGUCAUCCAUAUCUGAUCAGCUCCACAGCACUGAAACAAAACUUUGGUUGCUGGAGGUUUUAAUAAAUGCAGGUACAGAUCAGGGAGAGUGAUUAAACCGGACUAUUGAGGCCAAGUCCAGGCAAAGAUCCAGUGUGGAUUUGAGACAUCUGUUUUUAGAGGAAAAGGCAGCCUUGUGUGGGAAUCUGCAGCCUCUGAAUGAAUGUGAUGAAUAGGAUUUUCUUUUUAAACAUGCACAUUGAAAUGCAGCACAAAAUGUUUUUGUGAGGGAGCACAUAUACCAGAGCUGUCAAGUUAGAAUACGCUCCAGGAGCUGUUUUCCCACGAAUUUUGUCUUGCAGCUCACAGUGGUGAAAUGCGGGAGAAUGUUGUGCAUUAGCAUGAGAGCGUGAAACCAUGUUGAGUCUCACACCAAAUGCGUGAGACCUGACAGGUCUGACGGACUGAGGGUCAUCAUCUGUUAAAGUAUGAAUAUCAGAACAUGUAAAACUCUGAGCACGCACAUCUGUGAGGUUGAACAGUCCCCAUAACGGCUAUUCAUUACGAAUGGAACAUGCACAGAAUGCACAAGUAUGGCAAUCACACGAUUAAUAUUUUACAAACCCAAAUCAGAAAGAUGUUGAGAUGGUAUGGAAAAUGCAAAUUAAAGAAAAAUGCAGUGUUUCUUGCACUGAGUUCUGUUUCACUGCAGACACUCUGAACCCAACAUACUUAAUGUUUUGUGAUCAAAUUAAUUUCAUGUUAAUAUACUGCAUCCAUUCCUGCA